UACAACAAUCAUUGGGAAAUACGGCACGAUUGAGAAAAUGCCUUGUGCCAAUUGGAAACUAUUGGGAGGGUGCUUAAAACUGUAAACUGUGAAAUCGGACUGCUGUGGACUUUCUCCUAUUGCAGAACUGUUUUGGGUCUCUGGUUAUUGUUACACUAUUAUGGAGUAAUGAACCAAGGGUGAACAUAUGAGGAGUGAACAAGAAUUGGAUUAAAUGAUAACACACACAUUUAUUAUGUAAUAUUGGAAUGUUUGGUUAUAAGCUAAAUUACAAAACAGAUAAAAGGAAAACAGGCAGUGGUCCCAUCAUUAAUAAUCUUGUCACUGAUUGAAAGGGAAGUUCAAACUUUGGGAACCAGACAAGAGCACAAACUUUAAAGUAUUGCAAUUUACAAAUGAGUCAACUAUCAGUAACGCAAUAAACUCAUUACAGUUUCUAGUGUCAGUAGUUGAAUCUUCACUGUUGAAACAAUUUUUUAUUUGAAUAUAAUUGACAUUAUGUAAUGCAGUAACAUUGAUUUGAUUAUUUCACGUAUCAUAAAUGCUAAUCUGGAAGCAAAUUCCAUUUAUAUUAUAAUCUAGAUUUUAAUUAUUAACAUGUGUACAUGUUAAAGUUAGAUUCCAAGUGUUAGUGCAAAAAUACUAAAAUGCUGGAAUAAAACCUGUUUGCAAUGUUGAACAAGUCCUCUGUUUGGACAUUGAAUGAAGAGUAAAAGACAUCUUCUCAGUUUUUCCUGCACCCAUGCAUUUAACGGAAAAAAUUAGCAACUUUCACAAGAUUGCUAAACUGUCCGGGUAUAAAUAGGGAUGCAUCCAUACUUGCUGGCACUACACAAAUGCAUUUAGAGGAAGAAUGACAUUUUGCGAAUAUAAUGGAGAAAACUACAACCGUGAAUGAAACUGUUAGAACAAACAGUGUUGCAACGGGCAUGAAUUACGAAUUUGGGAAUAUGUCAUUGGAGGAACUUGACAAACAAUUACAGUUACAGUUUUUUGAAAACAUUUCCAAGCAAGGGACAGAAAAUUUGGAUCUGCUACAAGAAAGCCACUGGAAGAUUACUAUUAUCGUAAUAUAUAGCAUCGUGAUUUUUAUUGGAUUCCUCGAAAAUCUCGUGAUUGUGUGUAUAUUAAUACGGAAGAAUCACUUGCAAAAUCCAACAAAUAUUUUUAUACUUUGCCUUGCUGUUUCGGACAUAUUAUUGUGCUUGUUCAACUUGCCGUUUCAACUACAUUAUCAACUGACCAAUCAAUGGGUGUUUGGGAAAACUCUGUGCAAAGUUAUCAUGGCCACUUACGGUGUACCCGUAUUCGUAUCAUCCAUGUCUAUACUGAUGAUUGCCAUCGAUCGUUACAUUCUAAUUGUGCAUCCGUUUUGUAAACGCAUGUCAACGCUCACUGCAGUGUGCCUCGUGACUUUAAUAGCGAUUUGUACCACCCUUGUAACUGUGCCAAUCAUAAUUCAGAUGGAAUACCAAGUAAUUGAUCUUCCAGAAUUAAAUAUAUACCACACAUUCUGCAUUGAAUUGUGGCAGAGCGUAAUUCUGAGACACAUUUACACAGUGUCAGUUCUCAUAGUACAGUUCUUUCUUCCCCUUUGCGUCACUACAUUUCUGUACAUUAAAAUAAGCAAUGUUCUGCGGAAUCGACCAAUCAAGAAGAAGGAGAAGCGUCAUAAACACAAGACAAAUAAAAUUCUUAUCGCAAUCGUGCUGUGCUAUGCAAUCUGCUGGACUCCAUGGUCUUUGUUUGGACUGACCCUUGAGUUUGAUCCAAAGAUAGUGCCCCACGUACGGCUUUUCGACCUCUUGUUCAAAAUUUUCGCCAUGGGCUCGGCAUGCAUCAAUCCCUUUCUGUACGGAUGGCUCAACGAGAACUUCCGUCAUGAACUGAAUGGAAUAGUCAAAAGGGGUACUAAACAUCGUGUGCGUGCUAAUGGACACAGUAUACCCUUGGUGGAGUUCUCAAGAACCGAACCAGGUGGUGAUAGAAGUCCUGCUGCAACUGUUUAGAUGAACACUUUUAAUGGAACACUGCUUGAAUGAUGGAUUAUUUACAUUUAAUUUCUAUCAUGUUUUAGCUCAAUUUGAUGAUUUAUAUGU